UGGGGUCCAUAGGGGCUAUAGGGUCUAUAGGGCUGCAGGGGCGGGGUGUGUGGGUUGGUGCUAUAGGGGCCGCGGGGGCUGGGAGCAGAGCGAACAGGUUUUGGGGCAGAGUCGAGCGGGUUUGGUGAAAACGUGGGGCAGAGUCCGUGGGUUCGGAGCCGGUUGGGUCAGAACCCAGCGGGUUUCACACCAGUUUGGGUCAGAACUGGGGAUUUGGUUCCAGUUUGGGUGGGAACGCGGGUUCUGGCGCCAGUUUAGGUCAGAACUGGGGUUUUGGCACCAGUUUGGAUCAGCACGCGGGUUCUGGCGCCAGUUUGGGUCAGGAUGCGUGUUUUGGUGCGGGUCCGGGUCAGCACGCGGGUUCUGGUGCCGGUUUGGCUCAGCAUGGGGGCUGUGGCGCAGGUCCAGGUCAGGACGGGGUUCUGGUGCCACUUUGGAUCAGUAUGUGGGUUCUGGUGCCAGUUUGGGUCAGGACAGGGUUCUGGUGCCGGUUUGGCUCAGUACGUGGGUUUUGGCAUGGGUCUGGGUCAGCACGUGGGUUCUGGCGCUGGUUUGGCUCAGCAUGGGGGCUGUGCCGCGGGUCCGGGUCAGUGUGUGGGUUCUGGUGCCAAUUUGGGUCAGGACGGGGCUGUGGCACAGGUCCGGGUCAGUACGUGGGUUGUGGCGCUGGUUUGGCUCAGCACGCGGGUUUUGGCGCGGGUCCGGGUCAGUAUGUGGGUUCUGGUGCAGGUCCGGGUCAGGAUGGGGCUGUGGCACAGGUCCAGGUCAGCACGUGGGUUCUGGCGCUGGUUUGGCUCAGCAUGGGGGCUGUGCCGCGGGUCCGGGUCAGGACGGGGUUCUGGUGCCAGUUUGGGUCAGGACGGGGCUGUGGCACAGGUCCGGGUCAGUACGUGGGUUGUGGCGCUGGUUUGGCUCGGCACGUGGGUUUUGGCGCAGGUCCGGGUCAGUAUGUGGGUUCUGGUGCAGGUCCGGGUCAGGAUGGGGCUGUGGCACAGGUCCGGGUCAGCACGCGGGUUCUGGUGCCGGUUUGGCUCAGUACGUGGGUUUUGGCAUGGUCUGGGUCAGGACGGGGUUCUGGUGCCAGUUUGGGUCAGGACGGGGUUCUGGCGCGGGUCCAGAGCCGCCAUGGAGGGCGCGCGCAGCCCGGCGCUGGUGCACGUGGACUUCCCCGAGGUGCCCAGCGCGCUGCUGGCCAACCUGAACCGGCAGCGCGAGGAGGGGACGCUGUGCGACGUGUCCAUCCACGUGCAGGGCCGCGUGUUCCGCGCGCACCGCGCCGUGCUGGCCGCCUCCUCGCCCUUCUUCCACGACCAGGUGCUGCUCAAGAACAUGACGACCAUCGUGCUGCCCGGCGCCAUGGACCCCGGCGCCUUCGAGACCGUGCUGGGCUCGGCGUACACGGGCCGCCUGUCCAUGGCGCCCGAGGACAUCGUCAACCUGCUGACGGUGGGCAGCGUGCUGCAGAUGUGGCACAUCGUGGACAAGUGCACCGAGCUGCUGCGCCAGCGCCGCGCGGCGCCGCCGGCCUGCGCCGCCGCCCCCUCCUCCUCCUCCUCGUCCUCGGCGCGCGCCGCCGCCUCCGGCCGCGCCAGCGGCGACCAGUCGCCCAGCAGCACCAACUACUGCAGCCCCCGCGACGCCCCCGAGGCGCACGAGCCCCCCGGGCCGGCGCCGCGCGGGGGGGGCGCCGAGGGGGUGGCGGCGGCGCCGGGGGGCGAGGACGGCGGAGCCGCGCGGCGCCCGCUCUACGUGCAGCCCAGCAUCGUGCCGCACAAGCAGUGGGUGUUCGUGAAGCAGGAGUGGCUGCAGGAGGACCUGGUGCUGACCUGCGAGGAGGACGAGGACCCGGCCGAGGGGCCGGCGCGCGGCGCCCCGGGUCCCCCCCGCGGCGCUGGAGCCACCCCCCCCCCCAAACUGGAGGAGCAGGUGAACUUCUGCGAGUCCUCCGAGGACCUGGCGGCGCCGUACGAGGCGCUGGAGGAGCCCGGCGCGCUGGCGGCGCCGCGGGCGCUGCUGCCCGUGGACAUGCAGGGCAACCCGCUGCUGCUGUUCCCGGCGGCCGGCGCGGCGCAGCACGGCGCCGUCCCGCUGGCCGGCGCGGCGGCCGACGGCAACAAGAUCUUCAUGUGCCACUGCGGCAAAGCCUUCUCGCACAAGAGCAUGCGCGACCGGCACGUGAACAUGCACCUGAACCUGCGGCCCUUCGGCUGCCCGGUGUGCGCCAAGAAGUUCAAGAUGAAGCACCACCUGACGGAGCACAUGAAGACGCACACGGGGCUCAAGCCCUACGCCUGCGACGCCUGCGCCAAGCGCUUCAUGUGGCGCGACAGCUUCAUGCGCCACAAGGGCCACUGCGAGCGGCGCCACCGCGGCGCCGCAGCCCCCGCGGCGGGGGGGGGGCGCGGGGGGGGGGGUGGGGGGAGCCCAGGGGGGAGGGGGGCGGCGGGGGGAAGGGUGAGGGGGUGGGCGGGGGAGGGGGGGGUGGCCAUGGGGGUGUUGUGGCCAGAUGUUGGGGCCUUGGGGGUCUGGGUGUCCGGUCACGUCGCAUCUGGACUGUUGGGCUCUGUGACCCUGGGGGUGGUUCUGGCCAGAUGUUCGGACCUACAACAUCUGGAUAUCCAGGGCCCGCCACAUCUGGACUGUUGGUUCUGUGAUCCUGGGGGUUGUGGCCAGAUGUUGGGUCCCAGCACAUCAGGACAUCCAAUCACGUCACAUCUGGACUGUUGGGAAUCUGUGACCCUGGGGGUGGUUGUGCCCAGAUGUUGAGUUCCGCCACAUCUGGGCAUCCAAUCACAUCACAUCUGGACAGGUGGGGUCAUGUAUACCCGGGUGUUGUUGUGCCCAGAUGUUGGGUCCAGAAACAUCUGGGCAUCUGGUCGUGCCACAUCUGGACAGGUGGGGGUCUGUGACUUUCGGGCUCGUUCUGCCCAGAUGUUGUGUCCUGUCACAUCUGGACGGUUGGGUCCUCUCCCCCAUACGACUGGGGCUCAUUGCCCCAGAUGUUGGUUCUCUCCACACCUGGACUGUUUGAUCCUAUAACCCCAGGGGUUGUUGUGCCCAGAUGUUGUGUCCCACCACAUCUGGACAUCUGGGUCCCAUCCUGUCUGGCCAGUUGGGUGACUGGGGCUCAACGUGCCGUGAUGUUGGGGUCCCAUUGUAUUUGGACCCCCCCCCCCCACCCCUCCCCCCCAUGCCGACCCCCCUCCCCCCCCCGCCAAAGACCCUUGUCCCCCACUGUCCCCCCGUUGUGUCCCCCUCCCAUGUCGCUGUUGUGUGUGUGAACGGUGCUGAGCUGGGACUGUCCCCCCGUGUCACUGCCCGGACUCCUGGGUCCACAGGUGACCCCCCACCCUGUGGCUCUGGGGGUGGGGGGGGGUGGAGUGGAAUGUCCCUGUCACCCCCUCCCCCCUCCCCCCCCCUUUUUUUUUUCUCGUUUUUUCUUCUUUUUUUGUAAUUUGAGUCGAUUUUGUGGCUUUUUUAACGUCGAUAAAUAUUGACUGGUCCGGGUCGGC